AUGCCCGCUGAACAUACCGCCGAACCACCUACAGAACCCAUCCAAGAUGAAGCGAACCCCACCGAGCUGAAGCGCGUGCACACCAAGGAAGAGAAGGAAAAGGUCGAUGAGCCCAAAGCAGAACCUGCAGCCGCAGAUGAGUUCGGACUACCUCCACGGCCGCCAAGAAGGCGCACGUAUACCCUGGAAGAAUUGGACAGUCCGGAGGAUAUCAAGAAGCAGGUGAUCGAAGAGACUGGCGGCGAGGUCAAAGAGCCGGUGAAAGAGCCGGAAAAGGAAGUAGAGCAUGCGAAGGAGACUGCAGUGAAGGAUGUGGAUGAGAAACAGGAUGAGGCGAAGGACGAAGAGAAAAAGCCACAGACUCCCAGGACUAGCUUAGACAAUGCACGUUCGAGCGACAAGAAACGAUCAUCCACCGAUUCGAAGGAUCCUACCAGUCCUAAGUCCCCGUCCAGUCCGAGUGCGUCCAGACAUAAGCAGCAGCCCUCGGUCACGUCAGUCUCAGAAUGGUCCCACCAGCAGAUGGCUCCCAAGGAGACUAUAGUGGAAGAAGAAAAGAAUGAAGAGGACGAAUGGCAGGAAAUGCCGGCAUUCGCGACACACAGGAUCUACGAUGACUGGGGAAAGGUUCUGGCCAAAGAGUAUGAUGAAGUGGAAGACGAGACUGUUUCGUAUGGCACCCUUGGCGGAGCAGGCAAAGGAUACACACGUGUGCAGAUGGACGAAGAUGCCAAGUCGGCGACCAGCAUGGACGACAAUACGGCCUACCUCUUCAAGGAGCAGUAUGCUAACAACACUGUAUAUGACGACGAUGAGGAAGGACGUAAUGCCGUAUCGCAAAUGCAGGCCACAAAGGAACUGCUCACCGAAGGCCAACGUAUAGCAUAUGUCGGUGUGGUGAGGCUGUCGAUUGCGGCAAUGGGUAAAGACAUGGACCAGCUUGAACGAACGAAAAACUCGAAGAAGGCUGUCAAUAUCGCCGUCGAAGCACUUCAAAAGUGGGGCCAGAAGAUGAUGCUGCGUGUGUAUGAGCAUAUGGAGAUCGACGCGAGGGAACAGAUCAUGGUUGAGCAGCUUGCUGAACAUGGCGUGUUGCCCUCCGACUUAACUCCUGCGCUGAUGGCCAACGCUCGUGUGAAGAAUCCCAACGCACAGCCGGAUUCUGAUUCGCAAGCUUCUUCAGCAAGGCCAUCAUUAGCCUCGCCACGGCCGUCAAGUGCCGCUGAGAAACGCGUCUCAUCCAACCCACCUUCAAAACCCUCGACACCUGCGCCGCCAUCCGAGCCAACGACACCCGCCGCGGUCGAUGACCCGCCACCAGCUUAUGAGCAAUAUACGGCAGACGAACUCACGAUCCAGAACCCAGACGACAUUGAGGAUCAAAAGAAUCUCGACAUUGACAUUCGGUGGACGGUUUUGUGUGAUCUUUUCCUCCUGCUGAUAGCAGACAGCACUUACGAUGCCAGGUCGCGUACACUGCUUGAGCGUGUGGGAUCGGCGUUAUCGAUCGAAUGGCAGGAGAUUUGUCGGUUUGAAAAGCGUGUGACGGAUGCAUUGGAGAUGCAAGAGCAGGCCGAGAAGGAGAACUGGAAUGAAGAUGAUCAUCUCGAGGCCAGGAGAAAGGCAGCCUUGAAGAAGCGGUACAUGGUGAUGGGUCUAUGUACCGUUGGUGGCGGUCUGGUCAUUGGUCUCAGCUCAGGCUUACUGGCCCCUGUCAUCGGUGCUGGUUUGGCUGCUGGCUUCACAGCUGUUGGUGUGACUGGUACUAGUACCUUCCUCGCGGGUACAGGUGCGGCAGCACUGAUCGGAACGACUGGAACCUUGAUCGGAGGUAAGAUUGGUCUUACGACAUCGAACCGAAGGACAGGCGCCGUCAAGACCUACGAAUACAAGCCUCUUUUCAACAACAAGCGAACGAACCUGAUUGUGACCGUGGCGGGUUGGAUGACUGGCAAAGUGGACGAUGUGCGACUCCCUUUCAGUACCAUCGACCCUAUCAUGGGCGACAUAUAUUCAGUGAACUGGGAGCCCGAGAUGUUGCAGAGUACCGGUCAGACGAUUCAAAUUCUAGGAACCGAAGCGUUGACACAGACAAUCCAGCAGAUUCUGGGAGCCACGGUGCUGUCUACUCUCAUGGCAGGUCUAUCAACGCCAAUAGUGCUCGCCAAGAUCUCGUACUUGAUCGAUAAUCCUUGGACCUCAUCGCUUGUCCGCGCCGACGCCACAGGACUCAUUCUCGCCGACUCCAUUAUCGAUAGGAAUCUUGGUGUUCGACCGAUUACACUCGUAGGCUUCUCUCUUGGAUCUCGCGUCAUCUGGUCUUGCCUGAAGGAGCUGGCCAAGCGAGGUGCAUUGGGCCUUGUACAGAAUGUAUACAUGUUCGGCUCACCGGUCGUCGCGAACAGAGAUGAGUAUCUUCGUGCAAGAAGUGUCGUCAGCGGACGCUUCGUGAACGGCUAUGCGACCAACGACUGGAUCUUGGGAUACCUCUUCCGCGCGACGAGUGGUGGCAUAAUGCGUGUGGCGGGUCUGGCGAGUGUCAAUGUUAAUGGCAUUGAGAACAUCGACGUGACAGAGGACGUGCCUGGACACAUGGCGUAUCGUGGUAUGAUGCCUACUCUACUCGACAAAGUAGGCUGGGCAGUGGAGAGUUUGGAGUACACUGAAAUCGAAGAUCCAGACCCAGAGAAUCACGAGAAGCGCCAGCGUGAGCUUUUGGACGAGAUUGAGGAGGCGCGAAAGCAGCUCGAUGAACAGCCUGAAAAGAAGGGGUUCAAGGCUUUCUUCUCGCGUAAGAAAAACGCUCCGCAGAAGAAGUCUUGGGAGACGUACGAUGAGCGGUCGCAGAAGAUCCUCGAGGGGGAUGAGCGGGAGUCAGAAAGAGCUGCGCAAGAGAGUGCCAACGUCCUCUUCGAUGUGGACGCCAUUCGGAGAGAGGCGCUGGCGCUGGCUAUUCAGAGUCCUGGGGAUAUCGAGGAGAUCAAGAAGCAUCUCACCGUAAAGGAAAUCCAGAGCACACUGCCCGCGCUGAAGGUCUCCCUCCCGAAGGAGGAACAUGAGGCCAAAAAGACGAACGGCAGCACAACACCCAACGGCUCCUCGAGACCAGAAGCCCGACACACGCAAAGCCACGACGGCAUAGGCUCCAGCCAAACAAACGGCACACCCGCAGCCUCGAGCACAACAUCCCUCCCGAACGGCUCUCACAUCUCGUCGAAAGAAACCCCCCAAGACCACAGCGAAGCCGACAUCAGCAUGUCCUUCGAAGACGACGACCCACGACCCAAGACAGCAGCGCCAUCAUACGAACAAACCUCCUGGCCCGACCAACAACACCCCCAACCCAAACAGCGCUUCGGCUCCAGCAGCGCCGAGCUAAGUCAAGAGAGAGAAAGAGCUUGUAAUAUGAACCAUUUUACCAACGAGUGCAUGCAUGAUUAG